AUGUUCAGGAGCGCAAAGCAAGUGGCUGUGUUCCUCCUGGCUCUCCUGUGCCUGGAGCCACGUGCCCGUGUCGGCGCGGCGCCCAUCUGUGCUCACGGACACCCUGGCUGUCUGGUCCUGUCCCUGGCGGAUCUUUUCGACCGAGUCAUUCAGCAUUCCGCUCGCAUGCAUGGGCUCUCCAGCGACCUGCACGCUGAGUUUGAGCAAUACUUUCUGCCCAGUAAAAACCACAUUGGUAGAGUUUUUCCCAAGUGUCACACCUCUACCAUUCUAACUCCAAACGGCAAAGAGAAUGCACAGAAAUUGGCUAGGGAGGAGUUGACAGAGGUGAUUUUGAAGUUGUUGGCAGCUUGGCGAGACCCUCUUUCCCAGUUGCACCAGAGUAUGUCUCACCAGCAGGACUUUAAUAGCUUCAGCAGUAACAAAGCCCUGGAGAUGUCCGACAUGGCUCACCAGUUACACAAGGGCGUGGAGAAAGUGGCCGAGAAAAUGCAAAUGCUAGGAAUGAUCAGCAACUCUCUAAACAACCUGGCCUCCCAUGAAGUCCUGCUCCCACCCUCUGACAGCGGCGAAAAAUCUCCCGUGAGUGACCACGAGCUUCUCUACUGCUUCCGCAGGGACUCAAACAAGGUCCAGAACUACUUGAAGAUCCUCAAAUGCAGAAUCAUGCCAGAACACGGCUGCUAA